AUGCCGUCACGUCUUCUGCCAUGGCGGAGAGGCUCCGACUCGUCCCAACAACAACUCCCCUUCACCAACGACUACGUUAGUGACGCCGACCUCGCAGCCGAUCACCAGUCAAGCUAUCAUGGCUCGAACACGGUCCCGCGCUCACGCCCUUAUGCCGUGGGGAUCCCUUCGAACGCGCAAAACGCGCUCUCCAGCUCCUAUAACCAGCGCAAUCCAAUCCGAUCCUUCGCACACCAGACGUCCCACUCGAUUUCAGACAAUCCCCAAUACUCGUCGCAAGGUGUUCGCGAGCGGACACAGGAGCUUGCCUCCUACGCGCUCGAUUCUGCAUCCUACACACAGCCGCGAAGGAGAGCAAGCAGUGCGGCCACCGAGUCAAUUGCCAGCAGACCAGCCAUACCAAUAGACAUUGAAGGGAGACUGUCGCUAGACUCGACGGGAUCGGAUGUUAUAGAGGAAGAGAGGGAGAGUGGACCUGAAUCGCCCGAGACCGUCAUUGCGCCCCCUCCGAGCAAUCGCUUCCCUAGCAUCAGCUCCCCAACCCCUGGUGCUUGGAAUGACAGACGACCUAGUCCCGCAGUGCCGGAUGUAGUGGUGCAGGAUACGGAAGAAACACCGCUGCUGCCCAAAGCUAGACUCACACGGGUGGACCCGCAACCACAAUGGAAAUCGUCUACCUCCACCACCAAGGGCACACGCUUUGGCACUCUCAGGACGAGGUUCGCGAAACCGCUCUCCACUGGUCGGGAGCACUUGGCUCGACUUGGACAUGAUGUAAUAAAUCCCAAGAAUUACACCAAAGAUGCGAUUUACGCGGGAGCUACUGCUGGCUUGCAGACAGCCUCGGCUGUCUUUCUUGGCCUUCUCCUUAACAUCCUGGAUGCUCUUUCUUAUGGCUACAUCCUGUUUCCAUUGGGAAGCCCCAUCUUCAGUCAGACAGGACCUGACGGCAUAUCGAUCUUCUUUGUCAGCUGCAUAGUCUCACAACUCUGCUAUUCGUUCGGUCUGUCCAUCUUCCGGGGUGGUGUCGGCUCAGAGAUGAUCGAGGUGGUUCCCUUUUUCCACCGAAUGGCCUACUCCAUCAUGGACAGAAUGGAAGGCGCGAGUGCUGAAUCGAUCAUGGCGACGACAAUUGUGUCGUACUGUCUUAGCUCAAUCCUCACUGGCAUGAUUUUCCUCGCACUGGGAACUUUCAAGCUUGGAAACCUUGUGAGCUUCUUCCCGCAGCACAUCCUGAUUGGCUGCAUCGGAGGAGUUGGCUUCUUCCUAGUCGUGACUGGGAUUGAGGUCUCGGCAAGGCUUGAGGGCAAUUUAAACUAUGAUUUGGAAACUCUCCAUAAGCUCUUUUCCAAUGAUACGGUGUACCUUUGGGUCUUGCCACUUGUCCUUUCACUUCUCAUCAUGGGCCUGGAACGAAGAUUCAAGAGCCCGUUCCUUCUUCCAGGGUUCUUCAUUAUAGUUUUUGCUGUGUUUUACAUCAUUUCCAAAGCCAUACUUCGAAUCAACCUCGAAGAUCUCAGGAAUGCGGGCUGGAUCUUCGAAGCGCCGGAGGCGGGUGUGCCUUUCUACAGAUUCUACUCAUACUUCAAGUUCAGCCAGAUAGACGGAGGAGCUCUCGCAAGCACCAUUCCGACCAUGUUUGCAUUGUCCUUCUUCGGGAUCAUCCACGUCCCCAUCAACGUGCCAGCCCUAGGGGCUGCCGUCAAAGAAGAUGCCAUCGACGUUAAUCGCGAGCUGAUCGCACAUGGCAUCUCGAAUACACUAUCUGGAUGUGUUGGCAGCAUUCAGAACUAUCUAGUCUAUGCUAACAGCAUCAUGUUUAUGAACAAUGGAGGCGACAGCCGAGCCGCUGGUGUUCUCCUAGCAGUCGCAACCACAGCAGUUUGGAUGGCAGGACCAGCUAUGAUAGGAUUCAUUCCGGUCUGCCUAGUCGGCGCUUUGAUCUUCCUUCUCGGUAUCCAAUUGAUGAAGGAGGCCAUCUGGGACACGCUUGGCAGACUUCAGCGCCUAGAGUACUUUACUGUCCUAGCGAUAGUUUUGAUCAUGGGAGUCUACGAUUUCGUCAUUGGAAUUUUCACCGGAAUUGUCUUGGCUUGUCUAAGCUACGUUAUCUUGUCCUCGCGUGUGCCGGCGAUCCGAGCGACGUACUCUGGCGAAGUUGCAGCCUCUACGGUCCGUCGUCCUCGCAGUGAUGUGCGGUAUCUUAGCAAGGUUCGCGGUCAAAUUCGGGUGAUCAAGCUCACAGGCUUCCUGUUCUUCGGUACCAUCGUCUCCGUGGAGGAGUACAUGAGAUCACUCAUCGAUGAUAAAAGCUUCGAACAACAGCCAUUGAGCUUCAUCGUAGUCGACUUCUCUCGAGUCACCGACGUUGACUUCUCCAGCUCCGAAGGCUUCCAAAGAAUCAACCGCAUACUCAACGGAAAAGGCGUCAAGAUGAUAAUUUCAGGUGUUUCCUUUGCCAGCAGAGUCGGACAGGGCCUGCAGAACGUAGGGCUAUUGGACGCCAAGACAGCUGACGACGAAUGUCCUCCGCCCCAGGUUUUUGAGGAUCUGAACAUGGCCUUGGAAAGCUGCGAAAAUGAGCUUCUCGAAAUCUUCUAUCAGCACUGCAAUUCAUCCCAGCCCGAACGCCAAAAGACGCCGCCGAAGUCGAUCGAUGGUUCUACGAACAGUGAUGGGACAUCGGAUGAAUUUCCCUCCCCGUCUUUCGGGGCCAACCCUCUUCUUCCCGAAUUCUCAUCUCCUCGCCGCGGCGCGCAGUACCUCGCUGCGACGACCACCUUCCGCGAACAAGGCAGACCUUCGGUAUCUUCCGCCAACGGCGAACACGAAGGUGCUCUUAGUCUACCUUCUAAGUGGAAGAACUUCUCCCAGCCCACGAGGAUUAUUCUGCAGACCUUUGAAGAUGUAUCUUCCAAGAACGAAGACUUCUGGCACGUCCUUGCACCGUACUUUGAACGACGAGAGUAUGCGCGAGGAACCGUAAUGUACUCUCGCGGCGACGAUCCCGAUGGCUUUUACAUCGUUGAAAAAGGCCGCUUGCGCGCGGACUACGAGUUCGAGCAGGGCAACUUCAGCGAGAAUAUUAUGCCAGGUACAACGUGUGGCGAGCUGCCAUUCUUCUCGGAGACGGACAGGACAGGGACUGUUGCGGCCGAAGAGGACUCCGUGGCUUGGCUUCUGACGAGGGAGAAGUACAAGGAUCUAGAGAAGAAGAAUCGCGAUGUCGCUUCGGAGCUAUUGAAGGUCGGGCUGAAGCUGACGAAGGAAAGGAUGGACGCAAUCACAUCAUAUGUGCUUGUUACUGCAUCGUAG